GCUUCCGCAGGAAGAAGGAAGCCGCAGCGCUGCCGCCUCUGCAGCUCGCCAUCGCCUCCUAGCUUCACGGGCUGCCACCAUGUCGGCCUCGGCAGUCUUCAUUCUGGACGUCAAGGGCAAGCCUCUGAUUAGCCGAAACUACAAAGGCGAUGUGCCCAUGACGGAGAUUGACCAUUUCAUGCCGCUGCUUAUGCAGCGUGAGGAGGAGGGCGUGCUGGCCCCGCUGCUGAGCCACGGCCGAGUGCACUUCUUGUGGAUCAAACACAGCAACCUCUACUUGGUGGCCACCACGCUGAAAAACGCCAAUGCCUCUCUGGUGUACUCCUUUCUGUACAAGACUGUGGAGGUCUUUUGCGAGUACUUUAAGGAGCUGGAGGAGGAGAGCAUCCGGGACAACUUCGUCAUCGUGUAUGAGCUGCUGGACGAGCUCAUGGACUUCGGCUUUCCGCAGACCACGGACAGCAAGAUCCUGCAGGAGUACAUCACACAACAGGGCAACAAGCUGGAGACGGGCAAGUCUCGUGUACCACCUACCGUCACCAAUGCAGUGUCGUGGCGCUCCGAGGGCAUCAAGUACAAAAAGAAUGAGGUCUUCAUUGAUGUCAUAGAGUCUGUUAACCUUCUGGUCAAUGCUAAUGGGAGUGUCUUGCUCAGCGAGAUUGUGGGCACCAUCAAGCUGAAGGUGUUUCUGUCUGGGAUGCCAGAGCUGCGGCUGGGCCUCAAUGACCGAGUGCUCUUUGAGCUUACUGGCCUUUCAGGCAGCAAGAACAAGUCUGUGGAACUGGAAGAUGUGAAAUUCCACCAGUGUGUGAGGCUUUCUCGCUUUGACAACGACCGCACCAUCUCCUUCAUACCCCCAGAUGGGGACUUUGAACUCAUGUCCUACCGGCUUAGCACCCAGGUCAAACCCCUGAUCUGGAUCGAGUCAGUCAUUGAGAAAUUCUCCCACAGCCGAGUGGAGAUCAUGGUGAAGGCCAAGGGUCAGUUUAAGAAGCAGUCAGUGGCCAAUGGCGUGGAAAUCUCUGUACCGGUUCCUAGUGAUGCAGACUCUCCGCGCUUCAAGACCAGUGUGGGCAGUGCCAAGUAUGUGCCUGAGAAGAAUGUUGUCAUCUGGAGCAUCAAGUCGUUCCCUGGGGGCAAGGAAUACUUGAUGCGCGCCCACUUUGGCCUCCCCAGCGUGGAAACUGAGGAGGUAGAGGGCCGGCCACCCAUCGGGGUCAAGUUUGAGAUUCCAUACUUUACUGUUUCCGGCAUCCAGGUCCGUUACAUGAAGAUCAUUGAGAAAAGUGGGUACCAGGCCCUGCCCUGGGUCCGUUACAUCACGCAGAGUGGUGAUUAUCAACUUCGUACCAGCUAGAAGGAGAAGAAGAUGGGGCUCCCACCUCCCCAGAUACCAGCUGCAGACUUUAAAGAGCUCUGUGUGUGUGUGUGUGUGUGUGUGUGUGUGCGCGUGCGUGUGUGCGCGCGUGCGUGCGUGCGUGCAGGGUUAGGGCACUGACUUAACACAUCCUCGCUGCCUACACCUAACCCGCUUUACCUCUCUCAGCCAUCUGGGGUGGUUUCUCUGUGUCCCACCCCGAUUUUAUAUGAAGAAAUAUAAGAGGGCCUGAACUCCGCUGCCCCGCCCACCCCCCAUGAGUGCCUUCUUGCAGUAAACUGCCUUGGGCAGAUCUAGGGCCCGCCUUUUAUAGCUGCUGAGCCAGCCGAGGCCACAGGUCCUCCAUCUGGGUUUUAGGGUGUCAUUAAAAUGAGACUGACA